CAUGAAAAUUGAAAAAGAAUGAGAAAUGUGCAUCCUCAUUGCUUUAGCAAAUUACAACCCCAUUUUACGUUGCUGUUCAGCAACGACGGCUUCUUCAGUCAACUCUUCAACAUUCAAACUUCUUUUGCUGAAGAAAAAUUAAAUUAAUAUUUUAGUAUUCGUGCGACAUUUUGCUGUCUUCUUCUUUCUUGUCCCUCCACCAACUGCUGCCAUCUCUUUUGCCCUUUCUCUUCGCUUGUUUGGCGCAUCUUUGGCCCUCGGCCCUUUUGAUUUGUUUUUUACUUAGGAAAUUUAAUUUCUUUCUGCAGUUGUGUACAAGAGUCCUUUCAAGUCCUUUUGCUUCAAUCUGAUGGCCGGAAGCUGGGAUGGGAGCUCCGACCUUGGUGCUCAGUCGCGUGUGGAGCCAAUCUACGACGCGUUCCUAUGCCCUCUGACGAAGCAAGUGAUGCGCGAUCCUGUGAGCUUGGAAGACGGGCAGACAUACGAGAGAGAAGCCAUAGAGAAAUGGCUGAGAGAGUGCAGGGAGAGUGGAAGAAGGCCAGUCUGCCCUCUGACAUUGAGAGAGCUGAGAAGCACUGAACUAAGCCCUAGUAUUGCUCUAAGACACACAAUCAAAGAGUGGAACGCGAGGAACGAAGCCUCCAAGCUCGACAUGGCACGACGGUCCCUAUCCCUGAGCAGCUCCGAGAGUGACAUUCUGCAGGCCCUGAGAUUCGUGCAGCGCCUCUGCCUGCACAGCCCUUCAAACAAGCGCGUGGUCCAUGAUGCCGACUUGAUACCCAUGGUUGUUGAUGUGCUGAAGAGCUCCAGUCGACAAGUGCGUUGCACGGCUCUUGAAACUCUCAGGAUUGUGGUGGAGGAAGAUUCUGAUAACAAGGAAAUCAUGGCGGAAGGGGAUACUGUGCGCACGAUAGUCAAGUUCUUGUCUCACGAGCAAUCUAAAGAGAGGGAAGAAGCUGUCUCUCUUCUCCACGAGCUCUCCAACUCGGAGAGGCUCUGUGAAAAGAUCGGUUCUGUUAAUGGGGCGGUUCUGAUCUUAGUCGGGAUGGCCAACAGCAACUCGGAGAGCCUCCUGACUGUCGAGAUGACUGAUAGAACGCUGGAGAAUCUGGCACGAUGCGAGAACAACGUUAGACAGAUGGCGGAAUGUGGAAGAUUGCAGCCUCUUCUCACACUACUGCUUGAAGGCACUCCUGAGACUAAACUGGCCAUGGCAGCCAUCCUCGGUGAGCUCGUUCUAGACAACGAGGUGAAGGUGUUCGUGGCGAGGACAGCUGCUUUCUCGCUUAUCAGUCUCAUGAUGCACAACGACAUGCCAGCAAGAGAGGCGGCUCUCAAGUCUAUAAACCAGAUAUCAUCCGAUGAGACGAGUGCCAAGAUCUUGAUAGAGGCGGGCAUCCUGCCCCCUCUCGUGAAGGAUCUGUUCACUGUUGGGGCAAACCAGCUGCCAAUGCGACUCAAGGAAGUUUCAGCAACGAUCCUUGCCAAUGUCGUUAACUCAGGCCACGACUUCGAUUCAGUCCCCAUCGGGCCCAACUACCUGACUCUGGUGUCGGAGGAGAUCAUCCACAACCUUCUGCAUCUUAUCAGCAACACCGGCCCUGCAAUCGAGUCCAAGCUUCUCCAAGUUCUGGUCGGGCUCACGAGUUCUGCAGCAACCGUGUCCAGUGUUGUGUCCGCCAUCAAGAGCUCCGGUGCGACUAUCAGUUUGGUUCAGUUCAUCGAAGCUCCUCAGACAGAUCUGAGGGCGGCUUCGAUAAGGCUUCUCCAGAACCUCUCCCCACACAUGGGCCCGGAGCUGGCUGGCUGCUUGCGCGGGCCAGCAGGCCAGCUCGGGAGCCUGAUCCGAGAGAUAUUGGAGAAUUCAGUGAUAACUGAGGAGCAAGCAGCCGCUGUUGGCUUCCUAGCUGAUCUACCUGAGAGGGAUUCCGGCCUCACUAGACAGAUGCUAGACGAAGGGGUGUUCCGGCUCUUCAUUUUGAGGAUAGUUAGGAUCAGGCAAGGUGAGACGAGGAGGAACCGUUUCAUGACCCCAUAUUUGGAAGGGCUCGUGAAGGUCGUAGCAAGAAUCACAUUCGCCUUGUCUGAGGAGUCGGGCGCUGCUGCUCGUGCACUCUGUCAUGAGACCAACCUAGCGUCGCUCUUCAUAAACCUCCUGCAGUCCAACGGGCUCGAUAACCUGCAGAUGGUGUCAGCCAUGGCCUUGGAGAAUCUAUCCCAAGAAUCCAAGAACUUGACACAGCUGCUCGAGUUCCCUGCACCGGGGCUGUGCGCCUCGUUCUUCCCUUGCCUGAGCAAGCAGCCGGUUAUAACCGGGCUGUGCCCUAUUCAUCGCGGGAUAUGCUCGUUAAAAGAGACGUUCUGCCUCUUGGAAGGGCAAGCUGUGGACAAGCUGGUUGCUCUCUUGGACCACACCAACGACAAGGUGGUGGAGGCGUCGCUUGCGGCGCUGGCUACCUUGCUGGACGACGGUGUUGACAUAGAGCAGGGGGUUCAGGUGUUGCUGGACGCGGAAGGGGUGAAGCCCAUACUCGACCUGCUGCUCGGGAAACGAACAGAGACGCUGAGGAGCCGGGCGGUUUGGACAGUGGAGAGGUUGCUGAGAUGUGAGGAGAUAGCCUAUGAAGUUGCAGGUGAUCCUAAUAUAAGCACAGCUUUGGUUGAUGCCUUCCAGCAUGGAGAAUACAGAACAAGGCAGAUUGCUGAGCGCGCCUUGAAACAUGUUGACAAGAUCCCUAACUUCUCUAGCAUCUUUCCCAACAUUGGAUAGGAUACUACUAAACCCCCUUGUAUUUACUCACACACACACACACAUUUUUUUGUUCAAACAGAUGUGAAGAUAUUGAUUGGUUUGUUUGUAAUGUAUUGGUGCAAUACGAACUCAUAUACAUAAUUGCAGUGAUGAAAUAGAGUUGUAUGUAUUUGCAGAGGUCAA